AUGGCAAAUACUAAUGAAGAGAAGCCUAUAUUCAUCGGGGUUUAUAAUCAUCGAAUCUUAGAGCCUGCUCUAUUACAAUUACCAAUGGCAGAAAAGAUAUCAAAUCCAAGCAAGCAGGAUAUAAUUACAGUUGAGCCUCAACCCCUCCAUCAGAUUGUUAUGGAAAAUUAUCCGGAAGAAUAUCAUCGGGACACCAUUUCACUGGCAGUAACAUAUUACUUUUCCAAGUGGGCAGAAGCAGCUCCAUUCAAAGAAGUCACGUCCGAGCAUGUGAUUAACUUCUUCACCCAUAAUAUCGUCUACAGAUUUGGUGUACCGCGCCAUGUGAUCUUAGACAACGGCGCAGCGUUUAAAAGCACUAAAAUAUACAAGUUUGUCGAGCGUCACAAGAUCGAUUGGCGAUACUCAUCAAUAUAUAAUCCAAGGGCCAAUGGCUUGGCGGAGGCUUUUAACAAGACACUGGUAAAACUGUUAAAGAAGAUCCUCGCCAAUAAUAAAAGAGAGUGGCACACUAAAAUGGUGGAGGCACUAUGGGCAUAUCAUACUACUUACAAGACGCUGACUAAAGCCACUCCCUACUCACUGGUGUUUGGGAUCGAAGCUGUAUUGCCAUUAGAAAUUGUGCUACUGUCACUCCGUGUAGCUAUCCAGUAUGACCUAACUUAG